AUGGCAAGCGGGCAGCUGUCGUCGCAUCGGCGGCUGAGCCAAGGCUCCGAGAGCUCCGUGAAGCGGACCCCGCUGAUGUCUGCCGACAACCUGGGCCAAUACCGGCUCGUUCCUGAUGUGGAGUGUGCUGCUGACAAGGAUGCAGCACUUCAGCAGAAGUCCUGCUGCCAGCCAGACUGCUGGGAGGAAUUGCUCCACAGUGUUGGAUUUAACCUUUUCAUCUCCACGUUGAUCGUUGCCAAUGCCGUCGUCAUUGGCCUGGAGACAGACAAUGUCGGAGAAGUCUGGGCAGUACUGGAAAUUGCUUUUCUGGGCAUCUUUUCCAUCGAGCUGCUUCUGCGGAUCGUCGUCUCCGGGCCGACAAAAUUUUUCGCCUAUGCGAACGAAGACUUCAGCUGGAACCUUUUUGAUUUUUGCGUCGUCAUCGCCGGUUGCUUCGAUGUUAUGUUUGACUUCUCGCCGGUGAGACACGAGAAGGGCAGCUUCAUGACCUUCUUGCGCAUCAUCCGGCUGCUGAGAGUCAUGCGGAUGAUCCGUCUCUUGCGGUUCUUGCGAGACUUCCACGUCCUCACGUUUGGCUUCGCAGCGGCUGCUGUAGCCAUUAGAAAUGUGUCCCUGUUGAUGCUAGCGGCGAUCUAUGUCACUUCCAUUGUCUGUGUCCGAUUGAUAAUUCCGUUCAUGCAGGACAACGAGCAUCAGGAGUUUCUGAACGCUCACUUUGGCUCCCUUCGGAAGUCGAUGCUGUCCCUCUUCUUCUUGCUGUCCGAGCCAGACUUGAUGCCCUACUGGGAAGUCCUGGAGUCUGAUGCGCUCCUUGCAGCCUUUCUCAUAGCCUUUGUUGUUUUUGUGAGCUUUGGCAUUGUAGGCCUGUUGACUGGCCUCGUCUGUGAGAGCAUGUUCGACAAGAACGACGCCAAGAUCGAGCAGGAGCGUGCGGAGGCAGAGGAGAAGCGCCAGAGGAUCAUCCAGGGCUGUGAGGGCAUCUUCGAGACGAUUGCAAGUGCGCAAGGUCAUGCAUCGAUUGACGACAUCAUGCAGAUCCUUCCUGCGUUGGGCGAGCUAUGCGUCGAAGAGGGCGUGCCAUUCGCUCGAGAGGAUCUCGUGAACACAGUGAACUGCAUGGACACCGAUGGCAGUGGUUCCAUCGACAAGAAAGAAUUUUGUCAAAGUAUCGUGCACUUGGCAGAGGGGCUGCGACCCAUCUCCAUCGUGGAGUUGCACUACAUCACCGCACAAACGAAGGUCAAAGUAGAUAGGUGCGAAAGUCUCCUUGCUGGCAUCGCGCAGUAUUUCGAGACGGAAAUGCAGGCAUCGUCUCCCAAAUCAUCGCCGAGCAAGCAGGUUCUGCGCCCACCAGCGGCAGCCCGAUCUGCGACCUCACCGAAGGCAACGAAGGUUCUUUCGCCGGGCAAGUUCAACAGCAAUCCGAUUCGGGAGCGACGACAGAUCUCCGAGCCUCCCGGGCAGCCCGAGCCUUCCUUCCACCUCUCCGAGACGCCUUGGACUAGUGUCGCCAAGGAAGUCGAGGACCUCAGGGACACGUUGUUGAAGGAGCUGCGGUCAUCGAAGGCUCUCGCAUCGCCCAUCACCGGCGACGGUGGGUUAGAGCGCAUCCUGCACGAGGUUGAAUCAGUCCAGCGAGAGACAUCAUCCCAGCUUCAGCACCAGCUAACUGCAGUGGUUGAAGCAACUCGCCAGGUGCACACUGGCAUCCUUCAAGAAGUUGCAUCCAUGCAAUCUUGUGUGUCCACGACCCUGCAGUCCUUGGCGCAGCAGAGCGCUGCCCAUGUGGAAAGCCUUGCUCGGUAUCAGCACCAGACCGCACCAGACCUUUGCAACGCGAGACAAAGCUCUCAUGUGCACAAGGAGCUAGAUGCGUGGAAGCAUUCGUUCUUCGCUGAGCUGGAGGCCAUGAAUCUGAGCCUUGCGCAUGCACGGCAGUGGCAGUGGAGGACGGCGAACAAGAGCUUUCGACAGCAUCCACAUGCGCCGGAUGUGCUGGACAAUGCAGUGUCUCCUGUGCAGGGAACCCCUUCGACAGCCAGAGAAGCGGCUGAGAGGUCACAUUUUGUCUUGCAAGCCCUGGAUGAUGUUGAACAACUGCUCCGUGAAAUCAGUUUCGAGAUGUCCGGCCAUGCCUCGAUAGCAGGCCUGAACUUCGUUCAGAAGUACUCGACAUCGACCGUAGUGCCGGCAGUAACUUUGGUCAUGAAAGUGGCCACCGUCCCCGGAUGUGUCCGACGCGACCAGGCGGUGGAGGGAUGCACUGAGCUGAAGUCCGUGCCGCCAAAGCUGCGCCUGCCCGCUCCAGAGCCCGUCUGGCGAGGCUUGGCGGAGAAGUUUGCGGAGCGGGAGCUGCAGCCACUCCUGUGUGCCGACCUCUCGCGUCCCUCUCCCAUGCCCCUGGCGUUGACAGGUCGAGCCUUGAAGCCCGAAGCAGAAGUUACAGACUCUCUGAAGGCUUUCUGGCGCAACUUCGUCGAGGUGGAGACCAAGAACCGAGUUCUGCGCCUGCUGGCGUUCAUGUACCAGCAUCUACGGGAAGCAGAGGGUCAAGGUGUUGAGGGCACCACAUGCCAGGAGGACAUAGACGAGAUCUGUGGAUUGUUGGCAGAGCAGCUGCCGGUAGCGCACGACGAGGUUCUGGCGCUUUGCAUCGAGGUCUUCCUCUCGCUGAGAGCUGUUCAUGCGAAGGAACAGGCAGCUGGGGUGUCCAGGAUGGCGAGCAUUCAGCCGGAGUGUUUGUACUUGCUUCGCCUCGUGCAACUCCUGCGACUUCGCGAACCUCGGCUUCCAGAUUUCGUGGCAGAGUUGGAGGUCCCACAUGUUGAAGCGUGCGAGACACUUUGCACAGUCAUGGAAGUACAGAUUGCUGAGCUGGAGAGCAAGCUCGCGCAAGCGCGUGUCGAGGCUCUUGAGAAGGAGCUAGCAGCAGCACGAGCCCGACAAGUGGCCCAGUCGCGUGCCCAGGGGGUGACGCAAUUUGCUGAUGAAGCCCUUCAAGCAGUUCCUACCUGUCUCGAACCGGUACCACCGGCAACAUCACCAGAAUCCCCGGCCUGUGCAAGCGAGGGGUCCCAUCAGGUUGUGCCACCAGCAGAUGCGGACAUGGCACCAGCCAUACAAGCUCCUGAGACACAGCCCUCCGUGCCACUACCAACACCGGCGAAACGGCAGCGAAUUUCAGAGGCUUUUGUCGAUGAUCCAUGUCAAUCCCAGCCACGCAUUUCAUUAGAGCGGACCCCGGAAGCAUCGAUGGCUCGUGGAAGUUCCGAAGCGGUCGUUGUGCUUUCCGGCGAUGGAGCAUCGUCAAAAGGCGAUCAGAAGGAUCCGAAGACGGAGCAGCUUGUGGAGAUGGGCUUUUCCCGACGAAGUGUUGAGCUGGCCCUCCAGCAGAACAGAGGAUCUGCAGAGCUUGCAGUGAGCCAGCUGCUGAAGGAACUCGAGGACAUGCCAUCUCCCCUACAGCACAUGCAGUCGAUGGGCUUCGAUGCCAGUGCUGCAGCUGACGCGCUGCAAAAGCAUGGCAGGAUUGGUGCCGCCGUGCAGGAGCUGGUUGUAGGCCGAAUCCACAACCAGGCCUCCGAUGCGUUGCCAGAACCGACUGCGGAGCAAGGACGUGAGCCGCCCGAAGCCUCGCAGUCGGAGGGUGCAAAGCGUGCUCGAUGUGAUCCCGGGGGUGAGAUCAGUGCAGAGGGGGAAGGUGUUCUGCAGCUGCUGCCAAAGAAGCUGUUGUGUCCGGAAUCUCAUCGGAAAGAGGCUCUCGAGGCCACCGAGAAGAAGGUAGAGCAUAGCGAGGCGACAGCUGCAACUUGCGCAGAUGCAGGGAAGCGUCCGAAAUCCAAGGCCAAGCCAUCGAAGCAAGAGUCGGCUGCCAAGAAGAAGGCACAGAAGGGAAGCAUUGCCGCCGUCUUUGAGGUUCGAGCUGCAAAAAGCACACCGUGUAGAUGA